AUGUGUUAGGUGCAACUAUGACGCGCAUUGUGUCGAGUGACGAACACCCUGCCGUGACACGCUCGAUAUUCGCGCAGCCCACUCACUAAUUGCCGUUUGGGAUGCCAGCGAACGAGAGCUUGGUCAAGAGCAUAAAUGGGUUUUUGCAACUGACGAUAUCAUGUAUAUCCCUAUAAUACAAUGUCUUAAAAUAGUUGCGGCAUACAUUGCUGAACCGAGCUUGUUGAUCGCGUCGUAAAAUAAAAGUGGAGAAAAUAUAUACAACGUAAAUAUAAGCACACAUGAAUUGGAAGCUGGCUUACAAAAACGUUGAAUGAUACCACCGUGUUCUACUGAAUCGAUUCUUCGGUCUUAGCGGAAUCUACCAUCAAAGCUUGCUGUUGUUCCGUUGAUCUGCUUCAGAUUUUCAUUGUUUCGUGUGUAACGUGUUUUCGCCGCUGCAACACGAAUUUGUAGUAACACGUGCCGACUCAUAAGUAUUGGCCCAUGGGGAAUGUACAGACUCAGUCGAUGCCAACUUCUCCACCACCGCCAGUCUUCACGCCACCUCCGGACCUCAACGAAAGAAGCCCACCUCCUAGUCAGAAGAGUGAGUCGAAUGUGAAGAUUGAGCUGCCAGCAAAUCCUGGACCACUCGAGGACCUUCACAAGCGCGUCAAGGAGAUCGCUCCUGUACUCUUUGAAGGUGGCCGGUUGAUACUCUCAAAGGGCCUUAGCAAUAGUUUUCAAGUUACACAUUCUUUAAAUAUUACCAAUAACAAACAGCUCAAUGGAUACCGAUUUGGUGCCACAUUUUGUGGCAAUCCAAUUACAACAGCUUUGGGUGCUCCCCCAGAACCUAGCGUUCUCCUUACUGGAGACAUGGAUCCGUCGGGCAAUUUGAAUGCGCACUGCCUGGCACACUUGACAGAGAACCUAAAAGGCAAGAUGAUUGUUCAAAUUCAAGAUGGCAUGUUUGGCUCGGUGCAGUAUUCAGGCGAGUAUCGCGGUACCAAUUACACGGGGACCUUAACAGGCGCCAAUAUUGACUUGAACAACCGUUCAGGAAUACUGGUCGGUCAGUAUUUACAGAAUGUUCGGCCCAGGGUGGCGCUCGGGGCGGAAUGGCUCCACCAGUAUUCGCCUGCCGUUCCUGGUGGUUAUAUAUCGGUUGUCUCCAUGGUGGGUCGUUACACCGGUGACAAUUAUGUGGUUGCUGGAACUCUCGGGAUGAGCGCUAUCCAUGCAUCGUACUAUCUGCGAACAAAUGAGUCAACACAAGUUGGAGUGGAAGUCGAGACGAACCUUCGUGUGGGAGAGAGCCUUGCCACUUUGGCCUACCAGUUGGAUGUGCCAAAGGCAAACCUCGUCUUUCGCGGUAUGGUCGACUCGUCAUGGACAGUAGGAGCUGUUAUGGAAAAAAAGCUUGCGCCAUUGCCCUUUACAUUUUCGUUGUCUGCCAUGCUUAACCAUGCCAAAGCACAGUCACGAUUUGGGAUUGGUUUAAUUAUUGGCUGAGAUGUACUUCCCCCGGCUAAAAAGCAAGCGUAUAACAUUAUUUGAGUAUUAUUACUUUUAAUUAUCACCUCAAUUAUUAUUGUUAAUAGUUAUUAUUAUCAUGGCAACAUUUUCUUGAUCCUCGAUUACGUCGAGCUUGUGCGUGGCUGGUUUCUGAUCGUUGGCAGCCUAUCGCCAUGCAGAUUUAGAUGCCUUAAUGCUCGAAAUAACGCUCUAAUGGGCGUCGAUGUGUGAGAGAAAGCAACUGGGUAGGAAUUCAGUACCCUGGAUGAUGUCACGACCUAUGGUCAGAGAACCGUGAAAAUAUGUCUAGGAACAUCAUCUGCACAAUACUUUUAAUCAAACGGUGUACACCGGCAUAAUCAACUGUCGUGUGUUUAAUUGACUAGGCGACUGCUAUAGAGAAGGAUGCUAGUAUGAGUCUCUAUUAUCUUAAUCUCCGCAAACCAAGAAGCAAAUAGCGUGUUGCAGGCAAUUGUUACAGCAUAUAUAAUACGGAGAAAUACUGUAUGUGGUAUGACGGUUAGCUUUCUUUGUGAACAAAAGAAAUUGCAGAAAAAAAGGUUAGUGGAGAUUGAACACAGAUUGCAAGAGGCCAAUUCGAGGCUAAAAGUCAGGAUGAACCUGUUUGAAAAAGCGUAGAUGUCUGAACAAUAACUAAACGAUAGAGUUGAAUGCCUAAAUUUAAUUAUAAUCGGCAGUACGUCAGUUCAUCAGUGAAACAAUAGUGAUUGUAAUUGUUUGCUACUAAUAUUAUUUUACUUAGGAUAAGUGUAACCUAAUUACUUCAAUUAGGUUUGCUCUCUCACGCUGCUAUGGUCAGUACGAUUGAGCGGUUGGUAGGCGCGGAUACGGACAAUAUUUUUGGGUAUAUUUGGGAUAGACUAAAAAUAGACGAAGAGCAGAAAACGAAGGCUCCUUCAGGUACAAAAAACAAAAAAUGUUUCGAGAAUAAGCUUGUUGUUAAACAUGGUUACAAAAUAGACAAACGGCGAUUUUUUUUCAAAAAUAAAAUUUGCGAAAGCGAGUGCGAAUGUAUAAACUCUACGUGAAGAUACUAUUAACACUAAGAAAAAUAUUUUAACUCGAACUAGUAGACAUAAUUUGAGAGAAAAGUUGACAAACAGAACGAAAAGAAAAAGAAUCAGGGAACCUGCUUGGUUGAUUCAUACUGAAUAAAUAACUGAAAAUACUUAAUCUGAAGGAGAAUAUAUAUAGAAUGUGUGCGAUUCAUAAUAACCUCUUUUUAUAAUAGUAACAAUGAUGAUGAUGAAAAGUACUAAAAGUAAAGGUGGAAUCUAGAUGAAUGCAUACGAUCAACCCGGAUAAUGAUUAUAUUAUUAGAAUAAAAAAUAAGUAUAUCUGUAGUAUGAAAACAAAACGUGAGUUAGUUUGUUGAAUAUAGAUAGGGAUAUAUCGCAAUAAAUGUGCUACUAGAAAUAAUAAAAAAACGUUUAUGUAGGAGCAAGGCUUCA